CCCUCUUGACAGGCCCACUUCAUUGACUCCAACCACAGUGGCCAAAUACCAACAAUUAUACAAUUAUUAUUACCUUAGCAUAUCUGUUCCGGUUGGCUGGUUGGUUGAUCAGUGGCCGUUUGAUUGUUUGACCGUUGUCCCCUCAAAUAAUUAGAAAAGUCCUACAAAGGUGACUUGGUGGUCUCUUCUUUCUUUCUGGUUGAUUUUCCUUUCGAUCGCUUGAGAGAAGGAUUGGUCUUGUUUCUUUCACUUCUUCCCCCUGCUGCAUCGCUCUUCCCUAGCAGGGAUCCUAGCGCCAGCGAGUCAGUCAACUCAGUCGCUUCCUUUCAAUCUCAAUUUUAAGAUCACCAAGUUGGUGACCCCGACACUCACACCCCCAGCUCUGCUUCAACCCCUCAAAAAAAUGGAAAGUGUGGAUUUGGUCGUGGUGGGUGCAGGAUGGAGUGGACUUGCGGCCAUCAAAACCUACCGCGAGGUGAAUCCCGAUAGCAAUGUGCUCCUGCUGGAGGCCGCCGACUCCAUCGGUGGAGUGUGGGCCAAGCACCGCCUGUACAAGGGUCUCAAGUCGAACAACAUGCUGGGCACCUACGAAUUCAGCGACUUCCCCAUGGAUGAGGCUACUUUUGGAGUCAAGCCUGGAGAGCAUAUCCCCGGCGAGAUCGUCCAGCGCUACCUUGAGGCAUUUGCCGAGCGGUGUGGCUUCACCGAUCGCAUCCGAGUCGGCCACCGUGUCGAGAGCGCACGACACAAUCUGGACGGGACCUGGCAGUUGAAGGUGUCGCAUGGGGAGGAACUGGCAACCAUCGAGACAAAGAAGCUGGUUGUCGCCACGGGCAUCACAUCACAGGCAUAUCUGCCCACCUUUGAGGGUCAGGAUGCCUUCGGCGCGCCCAUCUUCCACUGUCGCGAUAUGCGACAGUAUGAGCCCGAGAUCUUGAAGGAUGGCGAGCGAGUCACCGUGUUUGGUGGUACCAAGUCCGCCUGGGAUGCAGCGUACGCAUGUGCGACAUCUGGGAUGCAGGUCGACUGGAUCAUUCGCGAGUCUGGGCAUGGGCCAAACUGGAUGGCACCACCGUACGUGACACCGCUGAAAAGGUGGCUGGAGAAGCUGGUGACGACCCGGCUCCUGACCUGGUUCAGCCCCUGUAUCUGGGGAGAUGCCGAUGGUUAUACUCGCGUGCGGAGCUUCUUGCACGGAACGUGGCUCGGUCGCAAGAUUGUGGAUGCCUUCUGGGCCGUGCUAGCCGAUGAUGUCGUGCAGCUGAACGGCUUCAACAAGCACCCCGAGGUCAAGAAGCUGCAGCCCUGGAUUAGUCCAUUCUGGAUUGCCUCGUCGCUCAGUAUCCUCAACUACCCAACUGAUUUCUUCGAUCUUAUCAAGGAUGGCACGAUCAAGGUGCACAUUGCUGAGCUCGACCACCUCUCUGAUCACGCAGUGCACCUGUCCACUGGUGAGGAGCUGAAAUCUACCGCCCUAAUCUGCUCGACGGGAUGGCGCGCUACUCCCAACUUGAAAUUCCUUCCGGAGGGCAUUGACCGGGAGCUGGGCUUCCCUUGGAGCAGCGACCCCCUGGAUGAACAGAUGGUUAAGGCAGCCGACGAGGAGAUUCUUCGACGAUUCCCACGUCUGCGCAACCAGCCUACCCCCAAUCCCAAGUACAAGCCUCUGAACGACGAGGCCGAGGCAGCGGCCCCCCACCCCUUCCGGCUGGCGCGCUUCAUGGUCCCUCUGUCGCAGGUCAAGGAUCGAUCACUCGCGUUCAUGGGCAUUACCAUGACCAUCAACACCACAAUCAUUGCUCAGACUCAGGCCCUCUGGAUUUCCGCAUACUUCGGCGGCCAGCUUACCCCAACGGCUGUUGAGCAAUGCCCAGCGGCCGUGCGUGCGGCUUCCGAUAUCAAGGUCGAGGAUGAUGCGGAGCUGAACCUAGCCUGGGAGACCGCGCUGCACUCGGAGUUUGGCAAGUAUCGCUACCCCGGAGGCUUCGGUCGCCGAAAUCCCGAUUUCGUCUUUGAUGCAAUCCCUUAUAUCGAUCUAAUGCUGCGGGACCUGGGUCUGUCGCCCGAGCGCAAGCAGGGGAUGUUGUCCCGGUGCCUCUCUCCGUAUGGCACAGAGGAUUAUACGGGAUUGGUGGAGGAGUGGAAGGCCAAGGCGUCCAGCAAGCCAUGAGAGUCUCCUCCUAUGUGUUUUGAAUGACCACUGGCCUUGGGCUUUGUUUCGUUAUCAUAUCUGUUUUUACCUUCGCGCUCUCCGCGAGAUACCCCAACUUUAUCAUAUUUUUCUUCUAAACUUUGAACGGCUU